AUGGACCGUCAAGCGCCAAGCCCCACAUCCUCCGACAUCGAGAAGUCCGAUUCUCCACCCAAACAAAAAGCCGCCGGUGCCUACAAUACCGCUUCGAACGACCCCGACGAUGACUUUCCCCAUUUCAACAGCACCGGCGCCCCCGCUCAGGCGCCCUCGUCUAACCACCUCUCCCGCACACUUUCCCCCCGCCAAGUCCAAAUGAUCGCCAUCGGUGGCACGAUAGGGACAGGACUCUUCCUCGGCACUGGGAAAGCAUUGGCGACAGGUGGUCCAGCAAGUCUGCUGAUCAGUUAUGCCAUCGUGGGCGUUAUCAUCUUUGCGACUAUGUUGGCUUUGGGGGAGAUGGCGGCGUUUUUGCCGGUGGCAGGUAGUUUUGGGGUUUUUGCUGGACGCUUUGUCGACGACGCAUUCGGCUUCGCCAUAACCUGGAAUUACUGGUUCAAUGAUGCUGUGAGCAUGGCUAGCGAUCUUGUAGCCCUGCAACUGGUGCUGCAGUAUUGGACCGAUAACUUCCCUGGCUGGGCGCUGAGUCUCAUUUUCUGGGUUGUGCUUAUUGCGGCGAAUAUUGUUACCGUUCGGAUUUAUGGAGAGCUUGAGUACUGGCUUAGUCUGCUAAAGGUCAUUACUAUCAUUAUAUUCAUCAUCCUCGGCAUCGCUGUAAAUUGUGGCGGGAACACCGAUCACAGAUAUAUAGGUGGCCACAACUGGUUUAUCGGCGACGCACCUUUCGUCGGCGGAAUAGGCGGCUUUGCUUCUGUAUUCGUGACGGCCGCCUUUGCCUACGGAGGAACAGAAUCCAUCGCCAUCACGGCAGGCGAAACCAAAGACCCAGCCCGCAACAUUCCCAAGGUAGUCCGCAACGUCUUCUGGCGAAUCCUUCUUUUCUACAUUCUAUCCAUCCUAAUCGUGGGCCUUAACGUUCCCUACACCACCCACGGUCUCAAAGAUAAGGAAACACGGACCUCCCCCUUCACCCUCGUAUUCCAAAUGGCGGGCUCCAAAGCAGCCGGCAGCUUCAUCAAUGCUGUGAUCAUGACCAGCGUUCUUUCUGCCGGCAACCACGCUCUCUUCGCUGGUACGAGGCUGCUUUACACACUAGCGAUCAACAGACAUGCGCCACAUGUGUUCUCGAAAUUGAGUGGGAACAAGAUCCCUUGGAUCGCGGUCCUCGCUACUUCCGUCAUCAGCAUACUCUGUUUUGGAGCGAGUUUUAUUGGUGCUGGGCAAUUGUGGACGUGGCUGCAGAAGUAUGCUUCCCCCUCCCCUUUUCCCUUUUCCCACUAUACCUCUCUCCUAAAACCGUAA